GGUGGGUUUCUUUGGGAUGCUGCGGAGAAGUGAGCUGGCGGGGCUGCGGCUAGGUGACGUGCAUUCGCUGACUGGUGGGGUUCACGUGGUGCGGAUAACGAGGAGCAAGACCGAUCAGGUUGGGGCAGGGGUGGAUGUGCACCUGGGGGCAUCGUCUGGCAGCGGAGUACGCAUCGGGCGCAUUAUAGGGCGCCACCUAGAGCGGGCCCGCUCUGGGGGGGCGGAGCCCAGCGCGCCGCUCUUCACGCGGGGCCCCCAGUGGGGACCGGGGUCGGAGGCUUGGCGGAAGGAGGGGUUUACGCGUAGGCUUAGGGCGCUCUUAGGAGAGAUGCAGCGCGCCCUGCCACAAAUAGCCGGGCGGGUACCAGAUUACGCGUCCCACAGCCUGAGAAGGGGGGGAGCCACGGCUGCAGCGGAAGGGGGGGCCUCUGGAGAGCAGAUCAAGGCGCACGGGAGGUGGCGGUCGGAGGCGGUGAGCGCGUAUAUCCUCCCCUCCGCGGCGGCUAAGGCCCGCAUUGUGGGGUGCAUGUGAGGUGACGAGGCGUGCGGUGGGUGACAGGGUAAGGGGGGUCCUCUCUAGGCGUGCAUGCAUGCGGAAGCGCGCCUAGAGCCUAGUACGCCGGGGCGGGUUUUGGGGGCUAGAGCCCAUCCGCGCCAGGCUGUUGGUUUUCCCCCUCUCCUGUUGUUCCCCGGAGAGGGUAGGGUGAGGUAUCGGCUAGGUAGCAAACUUGGUUAGUUACAGAGUUGGGUCUCUUAGACGCUGUUCGGAGUCUGGGCCCGCAGGCCAGGUCCCAGGCGGUGUAAGUUGAUGAGGGGUGCGACUCCUCUGGCACUGGAGUGUGUGCGACAAAAGUAUCAUUUUGAGUGUCAACUAAAAAUGGGGUUUUGGAGCGCAUGUACGACAGGGAGCAGAGCAGUCGCCACCAGGCUUGCGAGUGGACGGUGCUAGACGUUUUGACCUUGGUUAAACAGUUUGCCCUCAGCUGGCCUUUCAGGUCUUUGCCGCUGAGUUUCCGUGCGCAGUUAGGAAGGCGCUGACUUUUGCGUAGUUGCAGACAGUUCUUAAGUAUGGCUGCAGCUGUAGGUAGGCGAGCCUUUUGUUUCCCACCCUCCCACCCCUACUCUCUCCGGGGUCCUCUCUAGGCGUGCAUGCAUGCGGAAGCGCGCCUAGAGCCUAGUACGCCGGGGCGGGUUUUGGGGGCUAGAGCCCAUCCGCGCCAGGCUGUUGGUUUUCCCCCUCUCCUGUUGUUCCCCGGAGAGGGUAGGGUGAGGUAUCGGCUAGGUAGCAAACUUGGUUAGUUACAGAGUUGGGUCUCUUAGACGCUGUUCGGAGUCUGGGCCCGCAGGCCAGGUCCCAGGCGGUGUAAGUUGAUGAGGGGUGCGACUCCUCUGGCACUGGAGUGUGUGCGACAAAACCUUGGUUUGGACGGUAGGGUUAAAUUGAUUGGUAGUUGGAUGGCUGGUUAGGCAUCUCGGCAAGUGGGUUUGUCGGGUAACUACUAAUCGUGCACCUUCGAAGCCCGCUUGAUAUUCAUGGGUGACAAGUUCCGGAAGAAGGAAAGAAGAAAGCAGGUUUUCACGCAUUGCUGCCCUUCUCCCUCAUCGUAUAGGGUUUUCCGUCUAAAUCCUAUGUGCGAUACCUACUUUACAAAUGUUUCUGCCAAUCGUUCAUAACGCAGUGACGGUGCAGUGUUGGCCUUUAUAACCCCCGGUGGCGUGAGGCGUCCUUGCGAUGUCAAGCAGGGCAGACCCGGCCGGGGAGGGCCCUGUGGUUUGUGUGCUGCUUGUGUUUGGUGUGGCUGGUGGUGCCGUUUACGGUAAACAGCGUGUCGUAUGACGGUUGGUGGUUGAGGUAUCGAUACGGUUGGUCGUUGAGAUUGAUGCUGCAUGAUGAGGUGAUUUGGUGUGAACCGAGUGUGUGCGGCUGAGGUUCGUACGAAUGUGAAGCGUACGGCACCUCAAGGCCACGUCAAAGACAGUGUCCUCGCACGUGUGUUUGUUUGUUUGUGCGGUUUGCAAUGGGGUCAUUGGGGCGCUAUUGCAUGUGUGUUUGCGAGGAGAGAAGAACAGCGUCCUCAGGGGCAUUUUGGUCCUUUGUUUGUUCAUACACAUACAGCAAGUUAGGCAUGCCUAUCUACCCUUUAAUGCCGUACGAUGUGCCGUAAAUACAGCUGGGCCAUCAUGGGCCAUAAUGGCCAUAAUGGGGAUUUAGAUGACGUGGAAGGUGGUUGUGUUGGUUUGGUUUAACAACAAAAGGAAAGGGCUGGGGUCACCGUGUUAGCUGAAGGGGCUCUGCCACCGCUGAAAAUUUGCACCGUUGUGGUGUUGCGUGUAUGCGACGGCUUUGCUGGUUGGUCUACACACCUUAAUCCGUUAUGUCUGCGUGCCUGUGCGCUAUUUCGUUUACUGAGUCCGUGGGUGUGGUGUGAUGGAUGUGUUAUAGACAUAAGGACCUGUAGCAGGUGUGGGUUGGUAUGGGUGACGAUCGACGUCAUGAGUGUUUGCGGCCUGGAAGUACGCUAAUCCUUUUCUGUUAACAGCCUGCGAUGUUGGUACGAGUCUUGAAUUGUACGGCGUCGUUAGUCGGUACGGCGUCGCUCAAAUGGAACCCUCGGUGCGUGCGGGGGUUGCCACGUGCAGGUGUCGGGUGCGUGCAACGGAAACAACCAGCAACGGGUUGUGAGUGCUCUGGCGUCUGGUGGGGCGCUAGGGGGGGGCAGUUAGGGCUGUGUUGGGACGUGCUUGGCGCCCAUCCUCCUUCAUAACGAACCAAGACGGCUUUUGACUAUGCAC